UAUAAAUACAAGCUGAAGUGGUGAAAUUUUUUCAAAGUUGUAGUUAUUUGUCUUCUACUAUAGACUAAUAGAAAGAAGAAGAUGGCUCAGUUAUCAUCUCAAGGCAGUAAUGCCAUUAUAUAUUUAACUUAUGCUUUCUUGUUAUUUACAGGGAUAUUCUUAGCAUGGAAAUUUACAAAUAAAACUCAAUUCUUAUCAUCAAAUGGUACCCAAAGAGGUAUACCAUUAGCUUUAAAUUUUAUCGCUUCUGCUAUGGGAUGUGGUAUUAUAACCAGUUAUGGUCAAAUCGCUAAUAUUUCCGGUUUGCAUGGUUUAUUGGUUUAUACUAUUAGUGGAGCUAUUCCAAUAGUAGGAUUUGCUUGGGUUGGACCAAUCAUCAGAAAGAAGUGUCCCGAUGGAUUCAUCUUAACUGAAUGGGUCAGACAUAGAUUCGGAAUUGUUACUGCUCUCUAUUUAUCCUUCUUUACUUGUUUAACUAUGUUUUUAUUCAUGGUUGGUGAAUUAUCAGCCAUUAGACAAGCUAUUGAAACUUUGACCGGCUUAAAUGCUUUAGGAGCUGUCAUUGUUGAAUGUGUUGUUACCUCAAUUUAUACUUCAAUUGGUGGUUUCAGAGUUAGUUUUAUUACUGAUAAUUUCCAAGGUGCUUCAGUAUUAAUUUUAAUCAUUAUUUGUGCUGCAGGUAUGGGUUCUUAUAUCCAUAUUGAUACCUCAUUAAUUGGCCCAAGUGGAUUAUUAAAAGCUAAUAAAUUAGGAUGGCAAUUAAUCUAUAUCUUAUUAGUAGCUAUUAUCACUAAUGAUUGUUUCAUGGCUGGAUUUUGGUUAAGAACUUUUGCUUCAAAAACGGAUAAAGAUUUAUUUAUUGGUACAUCAAUUGCUGCAUUUGUUACUUUUGCAAUUUGUACUUUGGUUGGUGUUACAGGAUUCAUUGCUGUUUGGACUGGUGAUUUAACUGUAGGUGAUGAAAAUGGUUCAAAUGCAUUUUUCAUCCUUUUAAGUCAUAUGCCAAGAUGGAUUGUAGCCUUUGUAAUUAUUUUUGUUAUUUGCUUAUCAACUUGUACAUUUGAUUCGUUACAAUCAGCCAUGGUUUCUUCCAUUUCUAACGAUGUCUUCAGAAAUAAAUUACCAAUGAUUUAUACCAGAGGUUUAGUUGUUUUAGUCAUGGUUCCUAUUGUUGUUUUAGCUGUUAAAGUCGCUGAUUCUAUCUUACAAAUUUAUCUUAUUGCUGAUUUAGUAAGUGCAGCUAUCAUUCCAUCUUUAUUCCUUGGAUUAAGUGAUAGCUGGUUCUGGUAUAUUACUGGAUUUGACGUCAUGACUGGUGGUCUUGGUGCAUUAGUUGCUGUAUUUGUUUUUGGUACUGUUUACUAUGGUAAUGCUCAAGAUGGUGGUAGAUUAUUACUUAUCUGGAAUGGUAUUUACGAUCCAGAAGAUUGGGGUGCAUUUGGUGCUUUCGUUGUUGCACCAUUUGGUGGUUUAAUAAUUACAUUUGCUUCGGUCUUAGUUAGAGCCGGACUUUUCUACAUAAUCUCCAAAUUAACUGGUAAACCAUUCACUGUGUUUGAUAGACCAGAACCUCCAACUCAAAUCAUCAAGGAUACAGAUGUAGAAGAAAUUAGUUAUGGAUCUACACAAUCAGAUGAUGAUAAGAAAGUAUUACUUCCAUAGACGGACUUAUAAUUCCUGGACCAUAAUUUUAGUCUCUUAAUCUUUUAAUAUAUGUACA